GGAAACCUCAUGGCCAAGUUGUAGAAAAAAUAGUUGAAGUGUGCCUAUCUUGGAGCGGAGCCCCUCCCUUCUCCAGCCGCGCGGAGUGGGAGCCCUAGGUGCAACCAAGUAGCCGGGUUCACGGUCCAGAAGCUGGUGACCCUUUCCUACCCACCCCACCCCACCCCCGCCUCAGUGCGCCCCACCGCGUUUCCCCCUGCCGCCGCGUGGCCAUGAGCAGCCCCGUCAGAACGCCACCUCCUGAGCGCCUGGAGCCCAACCCAGGGAUGUCCUAUGCCGUUAUGGAGAUUGCCAUCAUUGCAGCUGUGAUCACUGCGGUGGCCUUGGUCCUGGUCUGCCUCCUCUUUCUCAUGCUUCGCUACCUGUACAGGCACAAGGGCACUUACUACACCAAUGAGGCCAAAGGCACGGAGUUUGCAGAAAGUGCGGAUGCAGCUCUGCAAAGUGACCCUGCCCUCCAGGAUGCCGGGGACACCAGCAAGAAGGAAUACUUUAUCUGAGGGGUAGCAGACUUGACAUCCCUGCAAGACGCUUCUGGCUGCAGGAGAGAAAGUACCCCCGCUGUGUGCCACCAUUAUCAGCACCAGGAAGCCCUCAAGGGCACCCCAAGACUCUUACUGCAGAACACUGGGUGCCUGCCAGGAAAUCGAUACAGAUGGGAGGAAUCAAGGUGCAGCGUACCUCUCCCAGGGACUCAUUGGCCACCCAAUACCAUUGGCUCCGCAAGGAAGGGAGAACAUCUGGAUGCACAGGUCUCCCUGGGCAAUGCAGGUGUCGUCUCACUAGCAUGAAAAUCCUCCUCAGUGUGUGUGAGGUGGUUUGGACCUGGGAGUAAGUUGUAUGGAAGUGGGACAUCUGGAAGCUGCCUGAAGAUAAAGGUUCCAAGUGUCAAUCAUUGACAUUUGGGAAGACUAGGAGGUGCCACAGCUAAAAGGCACCUUCGUUUCCCAUCAACGCAGCUCAAGAUGACUACAGAUAAGUUUGAGACGUAACUGAGCAUUCUAUAUCAAAUGGCACUACGCUUAAGUGUUUGGGAAACAUAAAUGCCACCCAUCGCUGGCUUUUCUCCAUAUAGCAUUGUGUCUAUGUGCGCGGGACAAGGACUGUCUAGUUCUGCCAAAAGAAGAAAGGGAAGGGUGACCUUUCCCCUCACUAGUACCAGCUUAUAUGAAACCAACGGAAAGAGGCUACCCAGUAAUCAGGCCAGGGGAUGAAGCACUGGUUUCUUGAUACACAGUUUUUAAAAGGAGAGCUGUGUUCAUCAACUGUGAGUGAAGUCCGUCAUGCCAGAGUCCCAGUGAAAAUGCCUCUAUGUUAUAAGAGACUGCAGGUCCCCAGACCUGGCUUUGGCUCCUCUUUCUUGGUCUUAGGACCUUAAGCCAUGUAUUUGACCUCUCCAGCUUUAAUGUUGGCGUUUUCAAGUGGAAGUGACACUAAAUUGUGUUACCUCUGGUUCUUAACUCCCAGCAUUGUGGGCAGGAGCAGAAGCAUCAGACAUGGGGUGUUAACUGUAUUCCAGUGUCAGUAGCAUACUAGAUACAUGGUUAGCCUAUGUUGGCCAAUAACAAUUCAUCUUUGCACCACCUCUAAGAGCCUCCUGAGAAGUCGCUAAUUUAAAAUUAAUAACAGGGUGAAUAUGAGCUAAUUAGCCAACCCCUUCCAGGUAAGAUUUCCAGCGGUUCUGCAGUCACUCACAAGACUUUGAGUCAUUGCUACAUUUAAAGACCAUCCCUCAGGAGCCCCGUCAGCAGCGCUGUCUCCACCUAGUAGCCACAUCGUGGUCCCUGGGAGACUAAUGAGAUUGCAAGCUCAGUCAAGUAUGGCCGCCACCAGCCGAAGGAGCUUCAAUUCCUCAGAAUGUCGUGGGGAAGAGAAGCAGUGAUUCAGUUAUAACAAGGAGUUAUAAUGGUCAAGUGCCAGAUGACCCAGACUGGAGGAUGUCUAUGUUCUCACCUAUGAAGUAAAAGGCUGGCUUCAGUUGACACCCACUAAUCUAGAGAGACCUUAUCUGAACCCCUAGUGGAUGCUUGAAACCCAAGGCAGUAUUGAACCCCUUUGUAUUUGGCUUUUCUGCACAUACUUAUGUUAAGAUUUAAUUUAUAAAUUAGGCACAGUAAGAGAUUAACUGCAGUAACUAACAGCACAAUGGCAUAAUUAGAACUAUAAAGCUAAAAUAAAAGAUUCUUGAAACUA